AUUCAAGAUUAAGUGCCUGAAUAUCCAGCAUUAUGUUUACCUUCGCUCUUCUCCUUCUCUGCAUUCAGGGCUGCCUGAUCCAAAAUGCGUACGGUCAGUGCUGUGGCUGUGGAUGCGGUAGUGGUUGCGGUUGCGGUUGCUAUGGCGGCGAGGGCGAAGGUAAUGUGAACGUCUGCGGUGAGCUGCCCGUGUGUGGUGAAACCUGUGUCUGUGGCCGCGUGCCCAUCUGCGGAGGUGUUUGCUUCAAGGGCCCUGCCUGUGCUAGUGGUUGUGUCUCUAUCUGCGGACGUUGCUGCGGAUGUGGAUGCGGCUGUGGAGGCUGCGGAGGCUGCGGAUGCGGCUGUGGAGGAUGCGGAUGCGGACGUAGAUGUUGUUGCUGCUAAAAAACUCAUUCAGUUAUUUAUUAUUGAAAAAAUUCAAAAAACCCAGAUUCAAUAAUAAUUCUUAUAGUUUUUUCAAUGCCACAAUUGUAUUUGAUUUAAGCUUGAAAACAAACAUCUUUGUGCAAUAAAAAAAUUCUAAAUUGAGUUUUCAACAAAAGCGAGUUUAUGUUUCGUCUAUUUUCAUUGGAUCUGUUGUCUUGGUCACAUCCAGCAAAGCGAUAAUGGCGGCUUUUAAACUUCGCUGCAGCUAAUAUGUGUAUUUACAUGCAGAAAUACCUAACAUAAGUUCACAAACGACUUCUACUGUAAAGAAAUUAGAUCGCGUCAUAAACAUGAAACUCACAAAAAUUGUACAUUUGUAUACUAGUAUUAUAAAA